UAACGGGUGCCAGAGUGCAGACAGAGGCAGAGAGCAGGGCAGCGGCUUCCUGACGUCAGGACCAAGCGAGGGGAUCGCGCCAACAGCCCCAGCCGGCUCCAGAGCCCGGCGGCCGCCCGCCAGAGAGGACUCCACCGAGAGGCGCCAGCCGAGCGUGAGUGGGGGGCGCGGCGCCGGCUGGCUGCGGCGCAGCAUGCCCCCUACCACCGGGCCAUGGAGAUCGCCCUGGUUCCCCUGGAGAACGGCGGUGCCAUGACCGUCGGGGGAGGAGGCGAGACACUGGAAGGCUGCGGCCAGGCGACCGGGGGAGGGCUCCAGUGUCCCCCGACGGCUGGGCUCAGCGACGGUCCCAAAGAGCCGGUGCCCAGGAGGCGCAGCGCGCAGAGGGGCGCGGACCCGGGAGAGCGGCCUUUGCCACCGCUGCCCCAGGAGCUGCUGCAGCCUAGACGGCCGCCCGCAGAGGACGAGGAGGGAGAAGGCGACCCCGGCCUGGACGUAGCCGAGGACCAGGCGCUGGGCGCGGGGUCCCUUCACCACCAGCGCGUCCUCAUAAACAUCUCAGGGCUGCGCUUCGAGACGCAGCUGGGCACCCUGGCGCAGUUCCCCAAUACCCUCCUGGGGGACCCGGCCAAGCGCCUGCGCUACUUCGACCCCCUGCGGAACGAGUACUUCUUCGACCGCAACCGGCCCAGCUUCGACGGCAUCCUCUACUACUACCAGUCGGGGGGCCGCCUGCGGAGGCCGGUCAACGUCUCCCUGGAUGUGUUCGCAGACGAGAUCCGCUUCUACCAGCUGGGGGACGAGGCCAUGGAGCGCUUCCGGGAGGACGAGGGCUAUAUUAAGGAGGAGGAGAAGCCCCUGCCCCGCAAUGAGUUCCAGCGCCAGGUGUGGCUCAUCUUCGAGUACCCGGAGAGCUCGGGCUCCGCGCGGGCCAUCGCUAUCGUCUCGGUCUUGGUCAUUCUCAUCUCUAUCAUCACCUUCUGCUUGGAGACGCUGCCCGAGUUCAGGGAUGAGCGCGAGCUGCUCCGCCACCCCCCUGUGCCCCACCAGCCGCCAGCGCCAGCCGCAGGCGUCAAUGGCAGCAGGGCUGUGGCGCCCCCUUCUGGCCCGACGGUGGCGCCGCUCCUGCCAAGGACUCUGACUGACCCGUUCUUCAUUGUGGAGACCACGUGCGUCAUCUGGUUCACCUUCGAGCUGCUCGUGCGCUUCUUCGCCUGCCCCAGCAAGGCCGAGUUCUCUCGGAACAUCAUGAACAUCAUCGACGUGGUGGCCAUCUUCCCCUACUUCAUCACCCUGGGCACCGAGCUGCAGCGCAAGAAACCAGGGGGCGCGGGCGGGGGCGGCCAGAACGGGCAGCAGGCCAUGUCCCUGGCCAUCCUCAGGGUGAUCCGCCUGGUCCGGGUGUUCCGCAUCUUCAAGCUCUCGCGGCACUCCAAGGGGCUGCAGAUCCUGGGCAAGACCUUGCAGGCCUCCAUGCGGGAGCUGGGGCUGCUCAUCUUCUUUCUCUUCAUCGGCGUCAUCCUCUUCUCCAGCGCCGUCUACUUCGCGGAGGCUGACAACCAGGGGACCCACUUCUCCAGCAUCCCGGAUGCCUUCUGGUGGGCGGUGGUCACCAUGACCACGGUGGGCUAUGGGGAUAUGAAGCCCAUCACGGUGGGGGGCAAGAUCGUGGGCUCGCUGUGCGCCAUCGCCGGGGCCCUCACCAUCGCCCUGCCUGUGCCGGUCAUCGUCUCCAAUUUCAACUACUUCUACCACCGCGAGACGGACCACGAGGAGCAAGCGGUCCUCAAGGAGGAGCCGUGCAGCCAGAGCCAGGGGGCCGGGCUGGACGGAGGAGGCCAACGGAAGACCAGUUGCGCCAAGGGCUCCCUCUGCAAAGCAGGGGCGUCCUUGGAGAGUGCAGACAGUGCCCGGAGAGGCAGCUGCCCGCUAGAGAAGUGUAACAUCAAGGCCAAGAGCAAUGUGGACCUGCGGAGGUCCCUGUAUGCCCUCUGCCUGGACACCAGCCGGGAGACAGACCUCUAAAGAGAGACCCAGGCAGCCCGUGGCAGUGGGUGGGGACCAGGCAGGCCUCCUGAGCAUGGGGAUCUGCUUUAUACCACAGAGUAUUUCAAGCCCACCCUGUAACCUUAGUCUCUCCCUCUUCUUCCACUGCUCUCCCCCCUUUCUUAGCCUCCCCCCCUUUUUUCCUCUUCUUUCCAUGACACCAGGGGUCACCUAUUUUUAAAAAGUACUGCAUUCCAUGACGCAAGAGCUGUUGAAUUGGUGAGCACUGCAAGAUGGAUGUAUUUGUGGGCAGUUCCCUAUAUCCAGCAGAGGUAUAACCCAAACAACAUGGCUUUAAAUAGCCUAGAUCCCAAGAGAUUUUGUAACCCUCCCGCAACCCAUGGGUUCUAAGUUUGCUUUACAUAUGAAUUUAUUUGUGUAUAGGAAGGAAAUAUUAUUUUUAUGAUUGGUGAGUGGCUUUUUGUACUGCAGUUCAGAUGGAGCUAUUUUGGAUAUAUUUUCAAGAUAUAUGUUGUAUGUACAGAAAAGAGUUUUAUGAUGUCUCCCUGUGAUGCUUAGAGCAGAGCCGGAGAUGCUGGGAUAGGUGUCCAAGUUCCCGUGUCUCCAAGCCUGUCCUUUUCCUGGGUGUGGUAUCGGUGCUUUGUGACUGGGGCAAGGAAUGUUCUGGAAAAAAAAAAAAAAAAGGCAAAGUUGACUUUUUCUGUGCAUCUUAAGCAAUCCUCACGUCUUUCUUUGAAAAGCAUUUUAGUGAUGUUGGAGGAAGACUUCCGAUAAUUCAUUCUCUUUAUUUUUAAUCCCAGGAAAUAAAAUGUUAUUCAGUUCA